UUGACAGCUCCCCUAAUAACUAGCAGCGGCCCGGCCCCGCCCCCGCCGCGCCAUUGGCCGGCGGGCCGGUAUGCCGCGCUGCCAUUGGCUGGCCGCUUCCCCUGAGCGAACCUUUAGAACUCCGAGACACAAUAUUCUGUUACAUUGUAGCAAAAUGGCGACUGUCAUUCACAACCCCCUGAAAGCCCUCGGGGACCAGUUCUACAAAGAAGCAAUUGAGCACUGUCGCAGCUACAACUCGCGGCUCUGUGCCGAGCGCAGCGUCCGCCUUCCCUUCCUGGAUUCGCAGACUGGGGUAGCUCAGAACAACUGCUACAUCUGGAUGGAGAAGAGGCACAGGGGACCAGGCCUGGCCCCAGGUCAGCUGUACACAUACCCAGCGCGUUGCUGGCGCAAAAAGAGGCGUUUGCAUCCCCCUGAGGAUUCCAGGCUGAAGCUGCUGGAAAUUAAACCUGAAGUUGAUCUGCCUCUGAAGAAAGAUGGGUUCACCUCAGAAAGUACAACUCUGGAAGCUUUGCUGCGUGGAGAGGCAAUAGAGAAAAAAACAGACACUAAAGAGGAAGACACUAUACAAGAAAUCCAGAGGGUUUUAGAAAAUGAUGAAAAUGCAGAUGAAGUGAACGAGGAAGAAGACUUGGAAGAAGAUAUUCCAAAACGAAAGAACAGGCCUAGAGGACGGCCAAAGACCCCCACCUGGAAAAAAAUUUUCCAGAAAAAUGCUCGGGGAUCUGGAGGUGGCAGGAGACGGAAUGAUGCUGCCUCCCAGGAUGAUCAUGACAAACCCUAUGUUUGUGACAUCUGUGGCAAGCGUUACAAGAACAGGCCUGGGCUGAGCUACCACUAUGCUCACACCCACCUUGCCAGUGAAGAAGGUGAUGAAGCCCGUGAGCAGGAGACCCGCUCUUCCCCUGUCCACCGAAAUGAAAACCACAAACCCCAGAAAGGACCAGACGGGGUCAUCAUUCCCAAUAACUACUGUGACUUCUGCCUCGGAGGCUCCAAUAUGAACAAAAAAAGUGGCCGGCCUGAGGAACUUGUAUCAUGCUCAGACUGUGGGCGCUCUGUCAGCCCUGCCCUCAUGGAUUCCAGCAGCCUUCAAGCAAAACAUUUCAGAAGAAGACCGAGAGAAGUCAGGAUGCUUUGAUACUUCUUUCCUUGCCCUGAGUCUUCCAUACCUGAGUUCCAUCUGGCACAGGAGUCUGGACUGUGGGAAGUUGGCUACCAACUGUUGAGAGAAGUUCUGGGGAUGCCCUAAGCUGGUGCAAUACAAAGAAGUUUUUUGAAGUCUUGAUUUCACUUUCUUUUAAGUGUGUGUAUAAACCCAGGUCAGACUGGAAUUGAUCUACAGUAGAACUGACUGAAAAACAAACAAACUGAAAAAGACAACUAUUUUAUUUAUUUCAAUAUUUAAGAAAGAAGUGCUGAAGUUGCACAGUAUUUUUGUUUGAAAUACAUUUUACUUCAAAUUUUAAAUGCAAUUUUGUGAAGACAUGAAAUUUUAAAAAGCACUUACUGUAAAAUAAAGACUGAAUAUUUACUUUAAGGAAAAAACUUUUUUAAAAUAAUGAAAAUAAAGGUCAACUCUGCUCUCUCUCUUACUUUAAAGAAGCCAUUCAUACAUGUGCUGGGUAU